AUUGGAGUGGCGUUUGAGCUGGUGUCCCCGAUCAUGUUUCUCCUUUGUGCUGGCGUCUUGAAUCGCACGCGGCGCAGUGCAAGUGAACGUAUAGGUGUGCAUUCCAUGGCUUUGGCUCUUUGAUUCCUAACCACGGGUAGCUUGCCUGCUUUGGCGGAGAACGGUGAGUCGCCCCAAGGUGCAGAGGCCAUGACGUGGAAUGGCACGAUGCAGCAGGGCCUCGUACCUUGCGACGUGUCAAGUACACUGACGAUGCUACGUUUGCGUGUCCCCGCUGGAGUCGCAGCCACACUCUCUUCCAUCCCGCCCCCCGCAGAUCCAGAGACCCAAGCAAACCGUGGCUACUGCUUCCUGAAUUUCAUCGACCCCAGCUUCGCGUGGAUGUUCAAGAUGUCCUACGAAGGCAAGAAGAUGGCAAAGUUCAACUCGAACAAGGUGGUCUCGGUGACGCCUGCCACUUUGCAGGGCUUCGAGGCCAACUACGCGCACUACUCCUCCGCGCGCGUCAACCGCGGCGACCCUGCCGCGCGGCCGCUGUUCCUUCGGGAGACCCGAGCAACCCGACUGGCAAGGGCAGCUUCGGCUCUUCGGGACCCUGCGCGGGGCGCCGGCCGCAAGGGCGGCAGGGGCGGCUCUGGGCGCAUCGGCCUGCAGGAUGGUUUCUCCAAGACCACGUUUGGCGACGUGGAUGACCACGGCUAUUGGGCCAGCGCCAGCAGCGCGACGGGCACCUACUUCGGGCUGAACAGCGCCCUCUCCGCCGAGGCUGUCCCCCGGCGGCAGGACGGCCAGCAAGGCCCGGCGCCACAGAGCGAGGCAUCGCAACAGAUGGUCCCCAAGUUUUGUCCGCACUGCGGCGGGUCCAUCCAGGCAGCGUUCCAGUUCUGCCCCCAGUGCGGCAACGAGCUGGACUUCUCGAUGGUCGCACGCAGGGAGGACGACUGAGGGCGCCGGGCGGGCCGCCCGUCCAGGAGCGCGGCCGGUGGGGAUUCCAGGGGGCUUGCCUGGCAGGCCCCGGAUCUGGUCACGCCGCGGCGUAUGAACCGCCCAGGCGCGCGGUGCCCGAGCUCCCCGCUCCCACGGCGCUCCCGGUGUAUUCUUCCUCCUGUCUCCUGCCUCCUUGUCCCCCAUGGGCCGCGCCGCAGUUUUCCGGAUGGCACCGGCGGGCACCGGCAGGCCACCGCAGUAUGGUCGUUAGCCUUCGAGGCCUUGCGGCGGCAGGCUCCUGCGGCUCAGCACAGACUGGUCUCUGGGUCUCUCUUCUGCCCCUUCUCGACUCUCCAUCCGCGGACCUCACCAUUUCUCAGAUCUCCACGCGC